UUUGUCCAGCCCUGUAAGCCACAGGAAAUCCACAUACUCGGAGACCUACAUGAUAGCUUACUGACAGACUCUAGUCAUCAUGGCGUGAGUCGCGACAAGUUCGAGGGCAAUGGAGCCUUUAUUCUAAAGUUAUCAUUGCGAUCAACGCGAUAUUCUUCUUCACAUCGUGUGGGCUCCUGUUCAUCUCUUGGAGAUGGCUCAAUGACCCGGUCCGGCUGAUGAAGCGCGUUUCGCCUUACAGCCCGAUUCUCGAUGAACUCCCCAUCCGGCUAGAAACAGUCGAGGUCAAAGGAACAUUGUUCAACGAUUACACACCUCCACGCAUUUGGCGCGGACCACCCAGUGAUGAGGUUGAUAAAGCCUGGGAUGAUAUGGCGCGGAUUGAGUAUUUCGGCGUAAGCGGCGAUGCGCUCAGGAAGAUGGGAAAAGACCCUAAGAUCUCUGUUUCUAUCCCUGAAGAUUGGGGUGUCGGACCAGACAAGUACCUCGUUGAGAUCGACAUGCAACAUCAACUCCACUGCCUCAACGCAGUGCGCAAGUACGCUUACUUUGACUUCUACUAUGGUGAUCAUUACAAGAACAUCUCAAUGGCGCCUCAACGACACCAGGCACAUUUGGAGCACUGCAUAGAUAUACUCUUACAAGCUCUCACUUGUAACCCGAGCUUGGAUUUGAUCUCCCAUAAUUGGAUGAAAACGCAAGAAAACCCUUAUCCGGAUUUCAAUAUCAAGAGGCAAUGUGUGGCACAUGAUCCAAUUUUGAAGUGGCAGCAUAAAAACGGCAUCUCGGAGCAGAUCCUCAAAUACAAGAACCUACCAAAGCCAGAGGGGUUUCCAGAAGUAGAUCCGGAACCAUCCAUUCUGAAAAUCGGAGAAGACUUGGGGCAUCACGACUAACAUCUUAGUCUCUUUUGAAGGGAAGCUUACAAUGCUCUCACUCAUUUCAUAUGCAGACACAUACGAGGGCCUCAGCUUGUUUCGAUUGCGGACGUCUUGAAUUCGCUCAUAAUGUAU